UAUAUAUAUAUAUCCGCAAUUUCCCAAGCUAAUAAACAAAGGAGAUGGAGGAAGAAAGCCGUCUAAAUCCACUAAAACCAGCAAGAAAAUACCACACGUCCAACGAAACAUUCGCGACGGACGAACUGAUCAAGAAUCCGUCGCCAAAACCCCAGACCCGUAGCAGCAAAUGCUUGGUUUACAUUCUCCUCGCCCUCGUCCUGCAAAGCAUAGCCCUCCUAAUAUUCGGGCUCGUCGUGCUGAGAAUCAAGACUCCCACUCUUCAGUUAUCAGCCGUCGCUGUAAAAGACCUCCACAACGAACCCACGUCGCUAAAUGUGACUUUUGUCGCUGAAGUUCGCCUGCACAACAUGAACUUCGGCCGCUUCAAGUUCCGCGGCGGAAACACGACUUUCUUCUACGAGAAGGCGACGAUUGGGGUGACGGGCAUUUACGACGGACAAGUGGGCAGUCGAGAAAAGAGAGAAAUGAAUGUGAGCGUUAAGGUGAUGGCGUCUGAUCGUCAGCUGUCGGAGAAUUCCAUGGAUUUUAGCAGAGAUAUCGAUUUGGGUUUGAUCAAACUGAGGAGUUUCGCCAUGUUGAAAGGCGAAGUGCGUGUGGUGAAGAUCAUAAAUCGGCAUACAACUGCUGUUAUGGAUUGUAACAUGGCUUUGAAUUUGACGAGCCAAGCAAUUCAGGAUUUGUUGUGUCAAUGAAUAAUGUAAUCGUUUCAUGAUUUUAACAAGUUUUUUGUUAAUUAGUAGCUCUUAAUUAGUUUAUUUUCGGGGAUGUUUAUAUAUAUACUCAUAUACAUUUCCGUUUCUGUAGAAUGAAUUUCUUGAUUGUUGUGUACCUUUAUAUAGUUUAUA